AUGCCCGUUCUACAAAACACUGCUCUCGGAUGGGUUGUUGCCGGACCUUGCACCAUUCGAGACCACGAUCAUGCCGAUCCUCGAUCGUGCCUCAUGAGCAGUACCGCUCGUGUAGAGGAGCUCCUGCGAAAAUUUUGGGAUUUGAAGACUGUCCAUGACACCAGAGGUUGGUCAGCAACGGAUAAGAUUUGCGAAGAACACUUCCUGGCCAACACCACGCGGACAUCGGAUGGUCGAUACAUCGUGAAGCUACCGAAACGUGAAGAUCUCGUCCACCAGCUCGAUGACAACAUGUACCAAGCCACCAGACGAUUCUAUUCACUGGAACGUUCCCUGAUGUCGGAUCCCCAGAAGCGUAAGCUGUAUCAGGAUUUCGUCAGCCAAUACAUCAACAUGGGCCAUAUGCGUGAAGUGACCGAGGAAGAGUUGAACAUCAAGCCACAAUUUGUUCUUCCUCACCAUGGAGUGGUUAAACUCGACAGUGCAACCACAAAACUCAGAACAGUCUUCGACGCAUCUUGCAGAUCACGUUCUGGUCUCGCUCUGAACGAUGUUCUGAUUCCCGGGCCCACAAUCCAAGAUACCCUGGUGGAAAUAGUGCUGCGCUUCCGUCUCCACCGAUUCGUUGUAAGCGCGGAUAUAGAAAAGAUGUUCAGGCAAGUUCUUGUCGACCCCAGCGAUCAACCGUUGCAACGUAUUUUGUGGCGUGAUAAUCCUGACCUUCAAGUCAAGGUGUAUCAGCUAGCAACCGUCACCUACGGUCUGAACAACUCGCCUUUCCUAGCAACCCGCGUACUACAACAGUUAUCUGCCGACGAAGGACACCGAUUCCCGUACGCGGUGGGUUCUGCUAGGAAGGAUUUUUACGUGGAUAAUCUGCUCACGGGAUCGAACGACGUGGAAGUGCUGAAGCUGAUCGUGCAGCAGAUGAUUGGUCUUCUGGAAGCAGGCGGCUUCCCUCUCAGACAAUGGUCUUCAAACAGUGAAGAAGUGUUGAACGUUGUUCCAGUACAUCUCCAGGAAACUCGCCCACUGCUGGAACUGGAUCGUGAUACAUCAGUUACGACGCUCGGCCUACGGUGGGAGCCUGCAACGGAUCAACUGUCGUUCAAGUCGCCAAAGUGGAAGGAUAACCAGUCAAUAUCCAAGCGAACUGUCGUUUCUCAGAUGAGUAGCCUGUUUGACCCGCUCGGACUACUUGGUCCAACAAUCGUCCGUGCGAAGAUCAUCGUCCAAGCCCUCUGGAAGUGUCAAUUACUAUGGGAUACUCCGCUUCCAGAACAAUUCGAGAAGGAAUGGACAUCGUAUCAGCAAGACAUUCGUCAUCUCGAAGGUCUCAACAUCCCACGACUGGUCAUGACUAUACCCCACCGAAAGCUCGAGGUCCAUGGAUUUAGCGACGCUUCCCUACAGGCCUACGGAGCCUGUAUAUAUGUCAGGUCAAUUGACGCGGACGGCCGAUGCAACGUCCAAUUGCUAACGGCAAAGUCGCGCAUCGCUCCACUGAGCAGCAAGUCAAUCCCGAGAUUGGAGCUCUCCGCCGCGUUGCUAUUAGCUCACCUCCUAGCUCACGUUAUGAAAAGCACCUCCCUCGAAGCCCCAGUGUACCUGUGGACGGAUUCAACAAUUACACUUGAUUGGAUCUCGGCUCCACCUUCGACCUGGAAAACAUUCGUUUGCAACAGAGUAGCAGAAAUUCAGGAGUUAACUUCGACGUCCUCCUGGAAUCACGUUCCGUCUGAACAGAACCCGGCAGAUCUCCUAUCGCGAGGGUCAAGUCUCGAGCACCUGAUUGAAAACGCUUUGUGGUGGCACGGUCCACUCUGGAUCAGAUCGCUGAACGAACCGUGGCCGCCAAAGUACGUAUCCAGAAAUCAGAACCCCGAAGAUCCAGAACUCCGAAAAGUGGUCGCCCUCCCUGUCUUUACUGAACCGGAAGACAUCAUCAAUCGCUACUCAAGCCUCACUCCGCUCGUCCGAACUUGUGCGUGGUGGCGUCGUUUCGCUGAAAACACUCGUCGCGAAAAAGACAAUCGUGUUACCGGUCCGCUAUCGCCGUCGGAACUCGAUCGUGCGUUGUUCGGUCUCAUAAGUCGUGUGCAAGCUGACGCGUUCGGUCCGGAAAUGAAGCAACUCGCUCGAAAUGAAGCUGUAAGCAAGAAGUCGAAGUUGAGAUUCCUGCAUCCACAACUCGUCGACGGUAUGAUACGAGUCGGCGGCCGGUUGCAUCACUCGGCCCUGACUGUUGAUGAACGCCAUCCUGUGGUACUCCCAGCGGACCAUCGACUCACUCGAAUGAUCGUCUCCCUCGAACAUUUGAACACGCUGCACGGUGGUCCCAAUCUCCUGUUGACGUCUCUCCGUCGUCGUUUCUGGCCAUUGAACGGUCGGAACCUGGCAAGUACCACUGUCCACCGUUGUGUAACUUGCAGUCGUGCUGCCCCAAAGUCAUUGGAACAGCUGAUGGGCAGUUUCCCGCCAGUUCGAGUAACGAAGGCUUUUCCGUUCGAAAAUGUUGGUGUUGAUUUUGCCGGCCCAGUUUUUCUUCGAGCUCCCAACAAGCGUGCAUCUCCUGUCAAAGCCUAUGUCGCGGUCUACGUGUGCCUCGCCGUUAAGGCUGUACAUUUAGAUCUCGUUCCCGAUUUGUCAUCGGAAGCAUUUAUCGCCAGCCUGCAUCGCUUCAUCGGCAGGCGAGGCAAGCCCAGUAACAUCUAUUGUGACAACGGCCGCAACUUUGUUGGGGCUCAGCGGGAACUGAAGGAGCUCCGUCAACUUUUUGUCUCCCAGCAACACCAAGACACCGUACUUCGUGACUGCUCAGCCAACAACAUCGAAUUUCAUUUCAUCCCUCCCAGAUCUCCAUCCCUCGGCGGAAUCUGGGAGGCAGCGGUGAAAUCGAUGAAGUUCCACCUGCGCCGCAUCCUGGGCAACGCAAUGUUACCGGAGACUGAGUUCAGAACCGCACUCAUCCAAGUCGAAGCUACGUUGAAUUCGAGGCCCAUAACCGCCAUGUCCGAAGACCCACAAGAUUUGCAACCGUUGACCCCAGGGCAUUUCUUGGUGGGAAGACCACUGAUCGCACUUCCGGAGCCCAGUCUGGAAGACGUACCAGAGAACCGCCUCUCGCGAUGGCAGCGGGUCCAGCGUUUGUCUCAACAGUUCUGGCGACGCUGGCACAAAGAUUACCUCAGCGCACUUCAUAACCGCUACCGUUGGUCGAACGUAACAGCUAACCUGAUCCGUGGCGCCAUAGUGUUGCUACGGGAUGACAACUUGCCGCCUUUGAAAUGGUCAAUCGGAAGAGUAGUCGACGUACAUCCCGGAACCGACGGUCUCGUCCGGGUGGCUUCGGUCAGGACCAGUACUGGAGUCACGAAGAGGGCAGUGAACAAGCUCUGCCUGCUACCGGUGGAGUUGAACCCCGAGGAGAUCGAGCAGAAGUCGCCGUCAUCCGAUGGCACCAGCGAUGGUGAAGAAUAA